AUGAAGUUCACCUCCCUCCUCGUCACCGCCACGGCCCUCUUUGGCCUCGCCUCUGCCCGCCCUGCUAAGCGCGAGCUCGAGGCCACUGCCGCCGACCUCGCCGACCCCAAGGCGAACUUCAACUUCUCGCCCCUCGAGUCCGCGCUCAACACCGUCUUCUCGCAGAUCGAGCAGAUCCCCGAUUCGGUCCUCGAGAGCGGCGACGAGGCGACCGCCGCCUGGCUCAAGGAGAACCCCUUCCAGAAGCGCGACUAUGUCGACGUCCGUGUCCCGCUCAACGAGCGCAGUGACGUCUCGGUUUUUGAGGAGCGCGGCAUCGACUGGGGCAAGGUCGCCAAGUGUGUCGCGACCGUCACGUCGGCUAUUGCGACCAACGUCAUCCCCGCCGCCAAGCUGCUCAAAAUUAAGAAGUACAUUGCCGAGCUCGGUGGUGUCAAGACGGCCAUUCAGCUGCUCAUUGGCGCGACGACCACCGCUGAGAAGCUCAAGGCUGGCGGACAGGCGCUCGUCGAGCUUAGCAAGCUCUUCCUCGGUGUUACCGCCAUUGAGUCUGCGUGCUUCUAA